AUGGAUUCUUUGACAUUUUUUUGUACCACCAGCGUGCUUAUCACUGCUAUAGUUCUUCAUUUCUGGCGAUAUCUGCAACAACGCCAUACCCGCCUGAUAGUGCCGGAACAUAUAACCUUUGGCCUGCCCGAUGGAUGGUGGUCAGAUCCUGUUCGAUUCCAGCUUGAGCGACGGGCAAUCUUCAGCCAGACAUGGAUCUGUAUAAGCCACCGCGGACGCUUUCGCUCCCCCGGCGACUAUGUGGUCUAUGAUGUUGCUGGCUUUCGCAUUCUCAUGAUUUUGGGUAAAGAUCAGCUCGUGCGGUCGUUUCACAAUGUCUGUAGACACAGGGCCUUCCCGGUCGCCCGGAAACAGUCUGGCAGCGCUACCGUUCUCGGCUGUCGAUAUCAUGGAUGGAGCUAUAACACGGAGGGCAAGCUCAUCAAAGCUCCCUAUUUCGACGACCUACCCGGUUUUGAUAAGAGUUUAAACAGUCUCUUCCAAAUCCACACGAAGCAGGACAGCAAAGGCUUCAUUCAUAUCAACGUGAGCCGUCACGAAGACGUGACCGCUAAUGCGACUUCAAUGGGCGUAGAACUGGGAAAGUCUGGCGAUGUCAGACCAGAUACAGAGCUACUAGACAGUAUCGAGCUAAGUGGGAAGUUCAAUUGGAAGCUUAUCCUCAACCAACCAUACGCUACAUCACAUCCAACGAAGUCCUCUAACACAGACUCCGACUACCCAUUGCGACCAAUAAGACCCAGUUCAAUUGAAAACCAACUAUUCUUCCCUUUGACUACAAUAAACACAAUGUCGGACCAGCCCUUCUGGUAUCAACUAACCUAUUCUCCCGUUGCCGUUGACCAUACCAAUUUACGCUGCGAUAUUUACAUCAACAGUCCCAAGGGCUCUUUCCAACUCGAGGGGGCUACCAAGGAUUCACUUCAGAAGGAGAUACAGCAAAAGCUACUAGGCUUUGAGAAUCAGUACAAGCAGCUCACCACUCAAGGAGAAAAAGGGUUUGGCUACCAAUCAAAGAUAGCUGAUGCGGUUGAAAUGCAUCAGCGGCGGGAAGCAGUCCAAGGCUUGGAAAUCAAGCCCGCGGCGCUAAAGCAGCAAAAUGGUAACGCCACCCUCUCGAAAGCUGAAAGAAACUGCGGCACCUCCAGAAAGCUAGAUUGGUAA